GGAAGCCGACGCCGAAGCGGUGGCGCGAGCCGACGCGUGCUGCAUGGCACGAGCUCACGGCGGCGGCUCUGGCUUCGGGUCCGCGAACCCCUUUUCGGCUACACAGCCCCUGCCGGUGUCGCGCCCGCAGAAGGAAGACCCGACCGGCCGCCGCACGACCGCUCGGCGACGACCGAGCGCCGCCUCACACCCUUGCACUCCGACGGUCGCCAUAAAAAUCUUCCAAGAUGACGGAGAUGUCGAUGUCUACGGCCGAGCCGCCCCCCGACGCGGCGGCGGCCCCAGGCAAGAAUGACCCCGUGGUGCCGGAUGCGGUGGUCUACGUAUGCAGCGUCGUCAUCGUCAUCAUGGUGGUGGGUGGAGUCAUCGGUCUGUCCCUUCUCAUGAAGCAGCGACUCGACGUCAACCAGAAUGUUACAACAGCGGCACCAGCCGGUCCGGGGGCGCCACCACCCAAAGUGAGAUUAGUGUCAGUCGAGGACUCGGAAUCCAGUGAUUUCAAGGUGUUCAACGAUGAUGAUCCGUUCCAUUACCGUGUCGCUAAGGCAAGAGAUGGCUACCACCGGAAGGUUCCCUUCUAUGAAGCUGCACAUUCAAAACAGAAGGCGAAACGACACAAAAAAGCGCCCACCACGAGGACAACGAGAGUAAAGAAGAAGACAACGAAGAGAGCGAGAGCUGCCACCAAGAACAGGGGCCACCGGCUACCCACCACACUCGGGGUCAAAACCGCGGCGAAGCAUGGCAAGAGGAAAGCUAACGUCGCACACAAUCGUGAUCUCGAGAAAGAUAAGACACUGAAGGCCACCUCCGCUGCCACUGCCAUCCGUGAGGUAGACGCCGUGAAGAACAUGUCAGACGUGGGCGUGGCAGAUAUCGAGAUCAAGGCGAAGAAGAACACCGCCAAGAACGCCCGGAAUGACGCCGUUGACGAUGACGUAGACAAGGGCGGCAUCCAAGUUUCAGCCAAGAAGAAAGUUUCUGCUAAAGAAAAGAAACGCCAAGCAGUCGUUGAAACUAUGAAAGUUUUCUUAAAGAGCCCAUCAGAAGUUCAACCACCGAACAUCACUAUAAACAAGUCUCCGCCCGCACCAGGCAGCGUCAACCUAAGCGACGUUUCAGACUUCAUCGCCAUCGAUAGCUCUGCUUCCAAGGGGGCGAGUGGUGAUGCCGGCGGCGCGGAACACGGAACCGUUGCUAUCAAACUGAUAAAACCAGCCGAAAUUGAGAAGCCGUCCGAAGUCGGCAAGGCGGCCUCUCACAACCAGUCUGCACCGGCAGCCGUCAGUGGCUCCUCUGUCAACGGCACGGCAUCCAACGCAUCGUCACUGGGAAACGCUCGCGUCGGCAACGCGUCGAGUGACAAGGCAGCGCCUGUCCAUUCGUUGCCAGGCAACACGUCGCACGGCAAUACGUCAGCAGAAAAUAAGGCGCUCGCAGAUUCCUCCUCGUCCACGAACAAGAAUUCGGCUAGUCGCGCGUCUGAAGCCAAAGGGGACUUGCCAGCGGACUCACCUGCGGCCAAAAGGUCGGCAUUACCGGUCGAUGAAUCUCCGGCGGUUGGAUCGCCUUCUGGCUCGAAGUCCCCGGCAGACGUUGCUGGCGGAAACAAGCUGCCAGAAGCAAAACAACCUACCGCCAGAGGGUCACCGGCAAAGGACGCGACUGGCACGGUCAACCAAUCCGUUCACGAAGGUUCGCAGACCAACAAAUCCCGGCCUCUCGACGCAUCUGCCGCCAGCGAAAAGUCGGCGGACAAAAGGCCGCCCGUGAACGGACCACCGGCUGGAGCGCCCUCCGGCGCCGAAAAGUCGGCUGCUGCACGGUCAGCAGAAGAGUCAGGUGAUACAGGUUCGGCGGCAAAUAACAAAGGCCAGGCUUCACUCCCGAACCAACCCGUCGAAGAGAAACACGCCGACAAAUCGAAAAACGCGUCUGAGCACGGCGCAGACUCCCUUGCACCCGGCCCGAGCGCCCAGAGACCGCUCUUCUGCGACGUGCGGAAGUCCAUCUUGCGGCCGCUUGCGUCCUACUGCACGCACAUCCUGUUCGGCCGGCUUUCCCUCAAGGAGAGCAAUGGGGUGGUCACGGUCCGAGACUUCGACAGCGCCACGCAAGAGCAACUGCAUCUUGCCUCCGUGUUGCGUCCCGGCUGGCCACACGUCAGCCUGAUGGCCACGUUAGGUGGCGGUGGUGAGGAUGACGUUGCUAUGGCCAAAGCCUUCGAGGCCGGUGUCGCGACGCUGGACGCGAUGGCCACCGAGACGGCGAACCUGGUGCGCAAGCGAGGCCUGGACGGUAUCAAUGUGCACUGGACAGUGCCGGACCUGGAAGCGGACAUGGAAGCAUACGCAGUAGGGCUGGUUGACUUCAUCAAGAAUCUGCGGAAGGAGCUCGGUCCGUCGUCCAUCAUCACCAUUGUGUUGCCAAACGAAACAGAGGAGAGGAACGCGGCCUUCAACGUCCAGGAACUUCAGCCGUUGGUCAACUACCUCUUCGUGAGCACGCACGACACCUUCAGCCCCAACUCUGCGCUCACGCACUUCAACGGGCCGGCACAGGACAUCGACACUGGAGGCAUGUUCACCGCCAUCGCAGACGUGAUGAAUCAACUGAGCGGCAACCAGUCGCGGAAGCUGUGCUUCACGUUCGGCCUGUCCGGCGUGGCCUACAAGGUGGGCGCCGGCGCACCGCUGGCCAAGUACGUGCCCCUGGUUGGAGCAGCCGGCCCGAGAGGCGCGCAGAGCGCCCCCAACGCUGGCGAGCUGCCGAAGGAAGGACGGCCCAUCACGUACGACGAGGUGUGCAAGUUGAAUCUGACCUGCCACCAGGCGCACGUGGAGAAGAGCUGUUACGACAAAGUGGGGGACACGUGGUACGGCUACGUGGACGAAAAAGCCGUCGCCUCCAAGGCCAAGUGGAUUCUAAAGGACGGCUGGGAGAACCUGUGCGUGGUGGCGUGGAACGUGGACGCGGACGACGUGAAAGGCAGCUGCCGGGGCGACGCGUCGGCGUCCUACCCGCUGCUGCGGAGCCUCAGCCAAGCCACCGCAACCUUGGCCUACUGAGAAGUGUCAGCGCGCGAAGUCCGUUGGAGACACAUCAUCAGCCCCAUCUAAUAAAGUGCCCUCAUGACAUUA